AUGGCGGAACCUACUACAGCCCUCCCUGUAGCUGCGUCUUUAGCUGCUGGCUUGUGGCCUUUGAACGCACGGUACGGAGCAUCAGACAUAACAGGAAACGGAAACGACGGGACAGCAACGGGGACCCAGUUAGCCACAGGUCCGUAUGGUGACGCAAACGGGGCCUUCCUGUUCUCUGGAACUGCAAAUUCCUACAUCGACAUUCCCAACAAUGGCAAGUUGGAUGUGCGCUACUCCUUCACCAUACUGGCACACGUCUAUCCUACCGGAGAGGCUGGACCGAUCUUUGACUACGUCGGGACCAACCCCAAUAUCUGGCACUGGGCACUGCACUUUUGGCAGUUGUUACCAGAGGAACUGCAGCUGCGGUACGUUUUAGUUAGUUUCUACCAGACCCCCGCCUGUCCGAAUAGGGGACUUUGGCCAAGUUAUGAAUAAAAGCCUAGUAGGAGUUAAUUGGCCUAGGAUUAUUGGCGGGCCGGUACUCCU